UGGAAAUUUCACAACCAGAUGACAACAUGGAAGCAUGCAUCUCAGUGAUCACGGAACAUUUUCCUUUGAUUGAGGGAGAACUGCUUCAGUAUGUGACUAGUGUAUUAGAAGGCAGCCAGGCUGACUUUGAGAGCAAUGAGGAUGUCUAUGAAGCAGUGGGACCUGUGCUCUCAGAGGUGGACCAGGACAAAUCAGAGGAUGAAGUUCAAGACAUAUGUGACAAGUUAUUCCAUAUGCUAAAAGGAGAUGAAGAUGAAAAAGACAGUAGAAAGAAUGGACCACAUAGAAUAUUAGAUGCCCCAGUGCAUCUUGGGAAGCUCGUAGAAGAUUCAGCAGAUAAAGAUAUACAAGAAGCAAAUAUAUGGAUAGCGAAAAAAGCUGAUUCUACGAUUGUAGAUCAGAAAAAGCUAGAGAAAGCUGAAGCAAAAUUGAAGCAGAAACAAGAGAAACGUUCUGACCAGGAAUCUGUUCCCAGGGUGAUCUCAAGCGAUGAUUUGCUGCAGGCGGCCAGUGCUAGUCAACAGACCAACCGCAAAGAUGUGAAAUUUGAUUCAUCUGGUGCUAAUAGAAGCUAUGACAUCAGGAUUGACAACUUUGAUAUAUCCUACGGUAGCCUAGUUCUCAUAAAAGGUGCCUCCAUCAACAUGGCGUUUGGCCGCAGGUAUGGCCUCGUAGGCAAGAAUGGAAAGGGAAAGACCACAUUGCUACGAAUGAUAGCCAGUCGUCAGCUCAAGAUUGCGUCUCACAUCACAAUCCUCCAUGUUGAACAGGAAGUUGUGGGUGAUGACACGAUCGCUGUGGAUAGCGUACUUCAGUCAGAUGAGAAAAGAGAAAGUCUACUACGAGAAGAGAGAGAAAUCACUGCCAAGAUAAAUUCAACUAGUCCAAACAGUACAGAGGAUGGUCUAAGCACACGGCUGACAGAAGUCUAUGCCCAGUUGGAGGCUAUGGAGGCAGAAAAGGCCCCAGCCAGAGCAGCCAUGAUUUUGUCAGGUUUGGGGUUCACCCCACAAAUGCAAAGGAGUACCACAAAAGAAUUUUCUGGUGGUUGGAGAAUGAGGUUGGCCCUAGCCAGGGCGCUGUUUGCCAAGCCAGAUCUGCUUUUACUUGAUGAACCCACUAACAUGUUGGACAUGAAGGCAAUUAUUUGGCUUGAAAAUUAUCUACAGACGUGGCCUACCACGAUUUUAGUCGUAUCUCAUGACAGAGAGUUCCUAAAUUCCGUCGCUACAGAUAUCAUGCAUCUGUUUUCACAAGAGAUAGAUUGUUAUAAGGGAAACUUUGAGAAUUUUGUGAAGACAAGGACGGAAAAGAUAAAAAAUCAACGCAAAGAGUACGAGGCACAGAUGCAGUAUAGAGAACAUGUACAGGUGUUUAUAGACAAAUUCCGUUACAAUGCCAAGAGGGCCUCUUUAGUACAGAGUAAGAUUAAGCUGUUAGAAAAAUUACCAGUAUUAAAACCAGUUGAAAAAGAGACAGAUAUAGUCUUUAGGUUUCCAGAUGUUGAGUCUCUCUCUCCACCCAUCCUUCAGCUUGAUGAAGUAGAUUUCUACUACACUAAAGAAAAAAUUAUUUUCAAAAAUGUUUGCGUGUCCGCAGAUAUGGAAUCCAGGAUUUGUGUGGUUGGUGAAAAUGGUGCAGGUAAAACCACUCUGCUAAAGAUUCUAUUGGGAGACCUUUCACCUACCAAAGGUUUCCGUCACAUUCAUCGAAAUCUAAAGAUUGGCUACUUCAGCCAGCAUCAUGUAGACCAGCUGGACAUGAAUCAGUGCUCUGUGGAGGUGCUAGCCAGUAAAUAUCCUGGUAGAAACACAGAGGAGUAUCGACACCAGCUGGGUUCGUUCGGACUGUCAGGUGACCUAGCCAUGCAGCCAGUGGUCAGUUUGUCUGGUGGACAGAAAAGUAGGGUGGCCUUUGCCUUGCUGGCCAUGGGCAAUCCCAAUUUUUUCAUCCUUGAUGAGCCGACCAAUCAUUUAGAUAUGGAGACCAUUGAAGCUCUAGGAAAUGCCAUUAAUAAAUUCAAGGGUGGGGUUGUCCUAGUAUCUCACGACGAACGUCUGAUCAGAAUGAUCUGUAAGGAAUUAUGGGUAUGUGGUAAAGGGACAGUGAAGAGUCUAGAAGGAGGAUUUGAUGAAUAUAAGAAGAUUGUCGAGGCAGAACUUGCUGCACAACAAUAGGGGUCAGCACUAAACAUGAUGGGAUAGACACAGUUCAUAAUGAAUUAUCCUUUGUUUCUUCAUGUUUUAAUCUGGAUUUAACUCUAGAGUCACCACACUGAAAAUUAGUUGUGAACUUUUUAUUGUCAACUGUCCAAAUUUUAAAAGGUUCUUCAUACAUGGAGACUCACAGCAGUUGCAUCUUAAGAUCAUAAAUAGAAUAAUUCCUUUUGCUAUUCUAUAUGAAUAUUCCUCGUCUAUCGAUGAUGCAACAGAAAGACUUUGUACUUGACUGGGUUACAUUUUGCAUUAAAAUGCAAUCUCAUAGAACUUGCAUUGUUGUCACUAUCUGGAACUGUGUUACAUUUUAUACUGAAUGUAUUGAAAAGAACUUGUGUCAGUUUUAUGAUAUGUGUAUUAUUAUUAUUAUUAUUUAUGUAGAAUGGAGAUUAAAGAUGGAGACGAUUCA